AUGGAAUCACCAACCCUCUCGCGCUCAUCAUCAUUCGCACCCGGCCCCCACCGCCGCCGCUCCCACCCGAACCUGCACCAUUUAUCUCUAGCACCCCUGACACCAAAAUACCCAAUCGACCCAGCCGACUACUCCGCCUACUUCGACCCGUCGACGGCAGAACUACACACGACGGCAUCAAUCAGCCAGAUUGCAAGCUUGCCUUCUCCAGGAGGGAUAUUGAGCAGCAGCGCCAACCACUCGGCGACGCAUUCGAGAGCGAGUUCAAGAACGAGACAAAAGCACAAGCCCAACCUCAAUCCCAGUGCCAACAGCAACACAAGACUCACAUUGUCUGUUCCACCAUCAUCUGCACAUCAUCAUGGUGACCAAGGUCACCACUACUACCGCGACCACCAACACAACUAUCACCCCCAUCACCUUCACCCAGGCACAAGUACACCGUCAGGAGCAUUGACCAGUGAAGGAUUCGGACACAAACAACAACAACAACAACAUCAAAACCAUGGCCUAAACAUCCACACGUCAGACCCCUCAUGGCUGAUCCAGACAGGAUUGACAUUAACCGAAGGCUCGCGCGAAAGUAAAGGCCAGUCGUGGAUAUUUAAACGCGACUCUUCGACCUCGUUACACACACCCGUCGAAGAGAGAGAUAGACUGCCGCUACGGUCGGGGAGAGCCACGCCGAGCAUCAGUCGGCGAAGCAGCCAGAGAAGAAGUGGGAGAUCACUAGCCAUGACACCGGCUCCCGUCACGCCAGUGAUGGACGAACCGGCUCCCGACUGGGCGGACGACCAAACUCAGGCCGAAAUCGCAGCUCAUAUCGAAAGCGAAUUCACCGACGAACUAGAUGAGGAUCCCUACGGACUACUGGAUUUCGAGGGCCAGUUUGAUAGUGAAGAUGAAGAGGACGUGAGGCAGGAAAUCUCAAAGUACCGCCUGGGAAGAUGGAUGGAUGGCAUUGUGGAUGUCUUCUUGCGUCUGGAAGAUUUCCCUGAAUCCUCCCAGCAUCAUCCUCCGGACUUGGAGGCUGCCAUUCCUUCCCCUGCCCCAGCACCCCCGGUUGUUUCUGCAAAAGACGAAGAUGCUGCUAGUGUCGCGUCUAUCACGUCCGUGGAACCUCCGCCCGAAAAGCCCAACGGUCUCUGGGACGAUGUAGCUUGGUUUGGACGUCUGAUAGCAAGGGCCGUGCGGUCAUAG